CGCUUUUUGAUAUUGACUCUCUGUAGCAGUCGGUGCAAGCUCCACAAAAAAUUCUGAUGCCAUGGCAGAUAAACCGGAUAAGUUGGGAAGGUUACAGAAAGACGUAAAUGAAGUUACACACCUCCUGCAAGACAACAUUAACAAAGUUUUAGUUCGAGGGGAAAAGUUAGAUGCUUUAGAGGAAAGAACAGAGCAUUUGCAUGAUGAAACAGCUAACUUUAAGACUACUGCAGCCAAAACAAAAAGAAAAUAUUGUUUGAAGAAUGCCAGAAUGUGCAUGGCUCUUAUUAUAACUGCUGUGGUUGUGGUACUUAUUAUUGUCAUUGUGGUUGUUGUUUUAGUUGCUACAUCUCACACGGAAAACGCAGGAUCUACAACAAAAGCAACAACAGUUUCAACCCCAGCUUACAUACACUAAAGCAUUACUAGCAGGGCCACACAGAAGUAUUUCUUCCAUCUUGGAUCCCCAUCAGAUAGCUAGAAAAUGGAGUCAUUUCUGCAUACAAUGAAAAUAAACAGAAGAUUACCUGUAAUAAAAAGAUUAGGGGUUUUUAUGGUCUAAAAUGAUUCAAAUCAGU